CACGCUCCGGCCAGAGGACUCAGGACGGUGGACGGACCGGGGACCGCCGCCUGCGCACAUGAUGAUCCUGAGGUUUCUCGCAUGAAAGCGGACCCGGCCAGACCCUGCAGAAGUCCAGCCGUCAGCUCCAGGAAGGCAUCAUGAUUCCUGUGAUGGAAUUCCGUCGGUUCUCUGAACAGCAGCCGGCGUUCAGAGUCCUGAAGCCAUGGUGGGAUGUGUUCACUGACUACCUAUCUGUAAUCAUGCUCAUGAUCGGUGUGUUCGGAUGCACCCUGCAGGUCAUGCAAGACAAAAUCAUCUGCCUUCCUCGAAGAGUGCCUUCCGAGAACACAAGCGACACAGAAUUGUUACACUCGGACCUCGAUAUAUCAACUGUACCAAGAGAAAUGACAGGCCUUAAAACUGAUCUGGAUCGUCAACAGUAUGAUUACAUCAAUCAGAUGUGUUAUGAAAAGGCACUGCACUGGUACGCCAAGUACUUUCCUUAUUUGGUUCUUAUACACACUGUUGUUUUCAUGGUGUGUAGCAACUUCUGGUUUAAAUUCCCCGGGUCGAGCUCUAAAAUAGAGCAUUUCAUUUCCAUGCUGGGCAAGUGCUUUGACUCUCCGUGGACCACACGGGCUUUGUCAGAGGUGUCAGGAGAAAAUCCUGAAGAAAAGGAGAAGACUAAGAAGAGUAGCAUCCCUAGAUCCAAUAUCACCAUGUCUCCAGGAGAAGGCAGUUUGGAAAAGACACAGUCCCUUCGGUCAAUCCCAGAAAAGAUUGUAGUUGACAAGCCUUCAGCAAGUGUACUUGAUAAAAAAGAGGGGGAACAAGCUAAAGCCCUUUUUGAAAAGGUAAAGAAGUUCCGUUUGCACGUUGAGGAAGGGGACAUUCUCUACCUUAUGUAUGUUCGCCAAACAGUGGUCAAGGUGUUUAAAUUCCUCCUGAUCAUUGCAUAUAAUAGCUCCUUAGUGAAUAAAGUGCAGAACAAAGUACGUUGUGAAGUUGAGAUCCAGGACAUGACAGGCUAUAAACAAUUUCAGUGCAAACACACCACAGCACAUCUAUUUUCUAAGCUGUCUUACUGUUACUUGUGUUUGGUGGCUGUCUAUGGAUUAACAAGCCUUUACACCUCGUACUGGUUGUUUUACCGAUCACUAAAAGAAUACUCAUUUGAGUAUGUCCGCCAAGAAACAGGCAUCAGUGACAUACCAGAUGUCAAGAACGACUUUGCUUUCAUGCUACACAUGAUUGACCAGUAUGACCCGCUCUAUUCUAAACGAUUUGCAGUUUUUCUGUCUGAAGUCAGUGAGAACAAACUCAAACAGCUUAACCUCAACCAUGAGUGGACUGCGGAGAAGUUGCGUCAGAGGCUCCAGACAAACGCCAACAACAGACUUGAGCUUCAGCUGUUCAUGUUCCCUGGGUUACCUGACACUGUCUUUGAGUUGACAGAGCUUCAGUCGCUCAAACUCGAGAUCAUCAACAAUGUCACCAUCCCUGCCUCGGUGUCCCAGCUGGAAGACCUUCAGGAGCUGUCUCUUCACCAGUGUUCCUUAAAGCUGCACACAACAGCUAUUUCAUUCUUCAAAGAGAACCUGAAAGUAUUGCGUGUGAAGUUUGAUGAUAACAGAGAAUUUCCCAACUGGAUGUACGGUCUGCGCAACUUAGAGGAGCUCUAUCUGACAGGACCAUUGAGCCCUGAUGCCUCCAAGAAUAUAGUCCUUGAAUCACUGCGGGAGAUGAAGUGCUUAAAAAUUCUUUCCCUCAAGAGUAAUUUGACCAAGAUACCACAGUCAAUAGUUGAUGCCUCUAGUCACCUGCAGCGACUCUACCUGCACAAUGAUGGCACGAAGCUCGUAAUGCUCAACAACCUGAAAAAGAUGGCCAAUCUGACAGAGCUGGAGCUGGUGCGCUGUGAUUUGGAACGCAUUCCUCACGCAAUCUUCAGCCUCACAUGCCUGCAAGAGAUUGACCUGAAGGAGAACAAUCUCCGCUCUAUAGAGGAGAUCAUCAGUUUUCAACAUCUGCGCAAACUCACUUGCCUUAAACUUUGGUACAAUAGUAUCAUGUAUAUUCCAGAGCAUAUCAAGAAACUUGGCAGCCUGGAACGCCUUAAUUUCAGCCACAACAAGAUUGAGAUAUUGCCUUCACACCUCUUCUUAUGCAACAAGCUGCGCUACCUGGACAUAUCCAAUAAUGACAUCAGGUUCAUCCCUCCAGAGGUAGGAGUACUCCAGAGUCUACAGUAUUUCUCUGUCACUUGUAACAAAAUUGAAAAUCUUCCCGAUGAGCUCUUCUUUUGCAGAAAGCUCAAAACCUUAAAGCUUGGCAAGAACUCACUGUCCAUUCUGUCACCAAAAAUUUCCUACCUAUCUCUGCUGACGCACUUGGAGCUCAAAGGGAACCACUUUGAGGUGCUGCCACAAGACCUGGGGUUCUGUCGGGCUUUGAAACGCAGUGGCCUUAUUGUUGAAGAGACGCUAUUCGAAACUUUGCCUUCAGAUGUCAGGGACCAAAUGAAGGCAGAGUGAGACGCCUUAUUUUAGCCACAGUGCCUGCUGAUUGUUCUGUCUACCAUUUCAGAGCAUUUGUUUUGUACAUACUUUACACUACUGCUAAGAAAGCUCUUUUCAAAUUACUUCACAGAAUUAAGUGUUUUUGAUAUAGUUUAAAAUAACUUUAAUAUAAAGUGCAGAAGUUUUAGGCCACCCUUAGCUGUUUUGUUUUUACACAGUUGUAAUUACCAUAGUAUCUAUUCUCAGUCUCUUUGUUAAAAUACAACAAAAGCAGAAGGGAAUAUUGUAAAUAUGGUUCCUACAUGACACAAAGUAGCCCAAACAAUAAGAAACAUUGGAUAUGUGUUGAAUGAAUUAUAGUAUAAGACACUAGAAGAUUCAUUAAAUUUUAUAUUGUCUGUGUAGAGGGGCUUUCAAGACAUGUUCAGAACAAAGGAACCUCACACUAAAUACAAGAUAGUUCAGCCUGUUUUUUUUUUCUGAAUUUCUGCUUUUUAAUGCUGGUCUAAAUUUCUCUUGUAUCUUUUCCCAACAAUUGAAAAAUUCAUACAUAGAUUACAUCACUGUACUCUGGCUAAAAUAACAAACCUACUUGUGGCCUAAUACUUUUGCACAUUACUGUAUAUUAUAUAAUUAUAACUAACGUUACUGUUUUGUUGCUACAUUUUUAUUUUAUUUUUUUACUUUUUUUUUUUAUUUCAUCCACUACCAAUAUUUUAUGAAAUCAUGUCACCAGUCACUGCUACAAAAGAUUACUGAAUGUAAAUCUAAACUGAAAACCUCUUGGCCAGUAGCCUAAUGCUGUAUUGUAUCUACUUUUUGUUGUUCUGAUAAAGUAUUUUUAUUUUCUUUGAAAGACUGUUAGUUCAUAUGAACCACAGCAGGGAAACCCAAAAGAAAGACAUAUCUUUCAGUUAGAAUAGAUUAAUAUCAUGACUAAAUAAGUCUGUAGCCAAUAUAUAAGAUGCUGUUUAAAUUGCAAUAAACUUGAAGGACUGUA